CGCUUCGUAUAUUUCCGCAGAGAAGAGGGUUAAGAGGGAUAAAGGAUGGUAGGAGAGGUUAAAGAGAUCAGAAAUGAGUUAAAAGGGUAUAUUUCAUCGUGCCAAGUGAUUAUAGACCUUUCAUCGGUGGUUAAAGAGCUUUUAGAGAACUCAUUAGAUGCAGGAAGUACAAGAAUUGAAAUUUGGCUUAAAAACUAUGGGUUGAAUAGUAUAGAGGUAGUAGACAAUGGACAUGGAGUUUCAGCGGAAGAUUUUGGGUGUUUAGCACAGCAGAAUUCAACGUCUAAAAUCAGAGAAUUUGAGGAUCUAGAUUCUCAUUUACUGUAUGGAUUUAGGGGAGAAGCGUUAUAUUCAUUAUGUAGACUUAGUCAAGUGCAAAUUAUUACAGCAACAGAGAAAACAGAGCCUCAGGGAAUACAAAUUACAUAUGAUAAAAAAGCAGAAAUUAUAUCAAAGGAAAUUGUUCCAUCAUGUAAAGGUACAACAGUAAAAGUAGAACAUUUGUUUUCUACACUUCCAGUGCGUAGAAAAGAGUUUGAAAAAAACCAUAAACAAGAGUUCCGAAAGGCAUUGGCAAUUAUUCAGGCAUAUGCAAUUAUUAAAGUGGGUGUUAAGUUCUUAGUAACACAUCAAUUGCCAAAUAAGCCAAGAGUAACACAUAUUUCAACAAAUGGUAAUGGAGAUUUAAAGGGAAAUCUGGAAAAUUUAUUUGGACCAAAGCUGGUUUCAACUUUAAUGGAUAUGGACUUUGAAAUGACAAUUUUAGAUUUAUACAAAAUAAAUAUUUCAGGAUUUAUAUCCAGACCAUUUUCUAAAGAGGAAUCUUUGAAUUUAAAGAAACAGUAUGUUUAUAUUAAUUCUCGGCCUUGUUUAUUACCUCAAAUAACACGUACAAUUAAAGAAAUCUACAAAGUAUAUACUGUAUCUCAACUACCAUUUAUUGUAGCAAAUUUUAUAAUGCCAUUGGAUUCGUAUGAUAUAAAUGUAUCUGUAGAUAAGAUGAUAAUUUUCUUGCACAAUGAAAAUGAAAUUAUUUCUGAACUUAAGAUUCAUUUAAAUAAGUUACUUCAGAAUGCAUCAAUUGAUCAAGGUUCUUCUUUUUCAAAUCAAAUAUAUAUUAAAAAUGCUUCAAAUAUAUCUAAAAACAUUGUUUUAGAAGAAAAUAUCACAAAAAGGAUUUAUGAACAUUUUAAGAUAGAAAAUGACAAAAAUACCCAAGAUAUUCCAGAAGAAAAACCAGAUGUUAAAACAAAGUCAUCAAUUAGUAUGCUUAGUUUAAAUAAGCCAUGUUCUAAAGCUCAACAUCAAGAAACAACAUAUUCUUUAUCUAAAGAAAACAAUAUAUCUGAAGAUCCACAUAAUAAAGAAUUGAAAAUAUAUAAAACUAUUUCAGUUUUUAAGAAUACAGAAAAUGAUAAACAUAGUACUUUAAUGAGCCUUAAACGAAAAAACAUGUCUAUUUUUUCAAAAGAAAUUUCAGAUAAUAAAGACGCACAAAUUUCAAAUUUCAAUAUUAAAUCUGAUUCUCAACUUAAAGAAAAUUCAACUAACAAUUCUGAUGAACAUGUACAAAAAAAGGUUACAAAUAAUCAUUCUUUUAAAAAUACAGAUAAUACAGAAAACACAAUGAUAUCUGGAUCCAAAAAUAAUGAACUUAUUGGUCAUGAAGUUACUAAUUUUGACACAUUGGAAAAUAAAAACCAGGAUUUAGAAAUAUCAGCUAAACCAAAGACUCAAAAAAUUUCAGAUGAUAUAAAUCUUAAGCGUUUGUCUAAAUAUGAAUAUCGACAGCUUACUACUUCUAUAUCUAUAUCAAAAGAUCAAAUUAAAGAAAAAUUUUCAAAAAUUUUUGUAAAUAAAACCCAUAAUUCGAAAAUAGAAACGUCAAAUACACUUUCUAUGUCUCAAGAACAAUCAGAAAAACAACUCAAUUCAAGAUUGACUAAAGAAGACUUUUUUAAUAUGAGAAUUAUAGGACAGUUUAACCUUGGAUUUAUUAUUACAUCUUUACCUUCAAAAGAAAAAGAUAAUGUUUCUGACAUAUUUAUAAUUGAUCAACAUGCAAGCGACGAAAAGUAUAACUUUGAAAAACUUCAAUUGAAUACAACUAUAGAAAGUCAAUUAUUAAUAAUACCAUACGAGCUAACUCUUAAUAUUUUAAAGGAAUCUAUCGUUAUAGAACAUACAGAAAUUUUAGAAAAGAAUGGUUUUAAAAUAGAAAUUGAUUAUAAUAAAGAUCCGGGAAAAAGAUGUAAACUAUUGUCUUUACCUCAAACAAAACAUGUUACCUUUGGAAUUGAAGGAAAGUAGAUUAAUAAUUGUUUUAUUUUCUUACAAUUUGUAGAUUUAGAGGAAAUUAUUUCUAAUCUUCAGGAAGCUCCUCAAAAAGAUAUAAAAUGUAGCAAAAUUAGAAAUAUUCUUGCAUCAAAAGCAUGCCGUUCUAGUAUAAUGAUUGGAGACGCACUUGUAUUAAGUACAAUGAAAAAUAUUGUAAAACAUAUGGGAGAAAUGGAUAACCCAUGGAAUUGUCCUCAUGGAAGACCAACAAUUAGAAUGAUUGGAAAAAUUUCACAAAUCUAAUUAUGAAUUUUAUUGAUAACAAACUAUUAUAUUACAUUGUUAAAC